AUGUCAGGGAUCGGGGGCUUCAGGGGGGUGUCCGCCAGCCAGGAUGCCCGCUUCUCGAACAAGCAGGCGAAGCUGAUGAAGUCGAUGAAAUUUCCCAAGGAGCUGGAGAAGAAGGUGGACCUGAAGAAGGUGAACUGGCCGGUGAUGCGGGAGUGGAUCGCCAAGAGGGUGACCGAGCUGCUGGGGCUGGAGGACGACGUGCUGAUCAACUUCCUGCAGAUCAGGCUGGAAUCCGAAGAGGAAUUGAGCCCCAAGGAGCUGCACAUCGAGCUUGUGCCCUUCCUGGAGAAGAAUGCUGGGCUUUUCAUGAAGGAGCUGUGGACGAUGCUCGCAAGUGCUUGUGAGAAAAAGAGCGGAAUACCACAGCAGAUACUUGAUGAGAAGGCAGAAGAGAUAAAAAGGAAGAAGGGGAUGCAAGAUCAAAUCAAUGAGGCUAUCCGGAAGCAACGUGAGAAGGAUGUCGACAGGGAAGACAGCGCAGACAGGAAGAGGGAGAGGGAGAAUGGGUUGCAAAGGCAGCAUGGUGAUCGUGAGGAACAGGGCAGGGAGCAAGGGAAGGACUACGAUCGUGGGAGGGGUCGUUGGGGAGGCGAUGGAGGACAUGGCAAUAGGGACCGCGACUGGAGGGGCAGCAACCGCCAGCAGCAUCGGCGUUGGAGCCGUGAGAUGCACAGGGACAGGGAGAGACCUCGUUAUGAGAGCCAGAGGAGUGGGAAUCGGUAUGGCGGAAGAGAUGACUGGGAGCAUGACCGGCACAGAAGGGGCAGAGACGGUGGCAGAGACAGGAGAGAAGGUGUCCGGCAAGAGCAACGCAGGGAGGCAGCAAAGCCAAGGGCGGAUAGCCCCGCAGAGGCGUACAGCUAUUCAAAAUCUGAAGCUGCUCAAAGCAGCCCCUCGCGAAGCUCUGCUUCGGGUGAGCCACGACCAGGGAGACACUCACCGUCAGCAAGUCCUGAUCGCAAAGAUGGUCAUGUUACGACCAGCAAGGCAGGCCCACAUCGACAUACAAGGGGGCCUCGUUCCCAGGCUAUCAAGGAGCCAGCAAGCCCAUCCCGCUCUCCUGUCUAUUCUGGAAGCCCAGCUUCUGCAAGUCCAGGUCCAGCUGCAAGGGGCCGCCGCGAAACACGACGCUGUGACACAAGUCCCUCGCACCUGCAAGGUGACAUUGAAGCCCGUGGCAGGUACCAAAUGAGCUAUGACAGGGGUGGGGCACGUGGAGGGAGGUUUGAAAGGGACGGCUUUGCAGGCAGGGCUACGCACCAGGAGGGCUCUGAGUCACCACCACAACAGAGCGGCAGGUACAGAUCGCCCUCUCCCGCUCGCUUCGAUGGAGGCCCUGCAAGAAGGAGAGGCUACGGGCCACCAAGGAGGGGUGGUGAUGGGUACACAAGAAAUGGUGCAGGGGGUUUCCCGGCAGGUGCGAGGGAGCAGGCCUCACAAAGCCCCCCCCCUGCUGGAUGGGACAGGGACCACGAUCGAUCACCCACAGGGAGAAGGGGACGCCUGGAAGCCCGGGAGGAACUGGUGGGCAGUCCUCCGAGGAAGAGAGUGUACGGCGGCAAACUUGCACUGAGCAUAUCGCCUGAGCCGAGAACGAGAGGUGAGAGAGCAGAAUCUGACGGUGACCCUGGUUCCGAAUCAAGCAAGGAGCCGAAAAAGAAGCACCAUCACAAGAAAAAAGACAAGAAAGAGAAGCGGGAGAAAAAGCACAGAAAGCACAAGAAGGACAAAAAGGCAAAGAAGGAGAAGAAGAAGCGCAAGCGGACAGAGACUGACAGUGACUCAGAUGCCGCAGAGAAAGGCUCAGAAGAAAAGAGGAGGCGCAUCGAAGAUCAGGCAAGAAACAGGGCACUGGCGUCGAUGUCGUCGAGGUGA